GCUUCGUCGCGUCCUGUCCCCCCUAUUUCCUCUUCUUUUACAUCACACGGAUCUGUUUCCCUCUCAUAUAAAAGCGCCAUUUCGUUUGGAUUUUCCGCAUAUAUAUUCCACUUUCCGCUCGAAUCCAUCGGUCUCUGAUCUUCCGUCACCGGACAAUCCUGGAUUUUGCUUCUGCGCCGGCAUUUUUGGAUGUUGAUUUGGGUGAUAUCCAGAAAUUAUUUUCGAUCCCUUUCCUGUCCCUGUACAUCUUUUGCUUUACUUUCUCUCUCUGAGUAAUCGAAAAAUCGAUAGAUCGUGUUGAUUUCACGUCUACGGGCUAGAGCGAAUUAGGUCACUUUGUUCGAGUUGAGGAGAAGCGAGAAUAUACAUAAUUGGAGUGAAGGGAAGCUUUAUUGAUUCUCGACAGGGCGAAUUUGACAUUGCCUCAUGGCUGAACAGAUCCUAGAGGGAAGCCAACCUGUUGAUCUCUCGAAACACCCAUCUGGCAUUGUUCCCACGCUUCAGAAUAUUGUUUCAACAGUUAAUUUGGACUGUAAAUUGGAUCUUAAAGCUAUUGCGCUACAAGCUCGUAAUGCAGAGUAUAACCCUAAGCGUUUUGCGGCAGUUAUUAUGCGAAUAAGAGAGCCAAAAACUACUGCACUGAUAUUUGCAUCAGGAAAGAUGGUAUGCACAGGAGCAAAAAGUGAGCAUCAGUCGAAACUUGCAGCAAGGAAGUUUGCACGAAUUAUUCAGAAGCUUGGUUUUCCAGCUAAGUUUAAGGAUUUCAAGGUCCAAAAUAUUGUGGGCUCAUGCGAUGUCAAAUUCCCUAUCAGGCUAGAAGGCCUUUCAUAUUCUCAUGGUGCCUUUUGCAGCUAUGAACCAGAGCUGUUCCCUGGUCUGAUCUACCGAAUGAAGCAACCAAAGAUUGUGCUUCUGAUAUUUGUGUCCGGGAAAAUUGUUAUCACUGGGGCUAAGGUGAGAGAUGAGACAUACACAGCAUUUGAAAACAUAUAUCCAGUUCUAUCAGAGUUUCGGAAAAACCAGCAAUGAGUAGAUCCGCGCAUAUUGGAGCUGGCGUUAUGGACCAUGAUUACGCAGUACGACACGACGAAGAAAAGCCUUUGGAACUUGGCUUCUUUAAGCGUCGCUGAGAUUUUGGCUUGCAUGUUUCACUCCCUUUACUCGUGUUGUGAGAAUAAGCAGUUGUAUGUCUUCUCUCUUAACAGGGACUCUGUUUCAGUUAAUAAAACGCAUCAAUGGUAACUGGAGGUGCCAAUGACUCGAUGCUGCUCAUGGACUGGUUGGUGUCCAUGCUGUGCAUGGACCAAGCGCACUGCACAGGCCAUUUCUUUUCCAUCUCAUAUUCAGUCUUGUAGUCUGGCUCAAUGUUCAAAAGUUAAACAAAAGUCACAUGUAAUUUACCUUUCUACCAUGUGAUCGGUUGUAGUGGGGGCGUCCGGAGACACGUUUGUAAAAUCGUUAUUCAGAUCCUAUGAUCCGGAGGUAAGAAAUCGAUCUGGGUCGGUUGAGAAUCGGUUUUAUAGUGGAGUCGGAAUAAAA